UCUGUUGACGGAGUUGCGGCAAGAGCAACUUAUCGAUAUGUCUUCAUCGUACACGGUUUUCUUUGACGAGUACUGGGUUAACACCAGUUUAACAGUUAUGAUAGUCUACGCCAUCGUGUCGUCGUUCACGGUCUUUGCGAAUUUGCUUCUUUGCGUAGCAUUUUGGAAAGAUCCCUUCGGCGAGCUAAGGAGUGUGCAGAAUUACUUUAUACUCAAUUUGGGAAUCGCCGAUCUUAUCAUGGGUAUCAUUUCAGAACCUCUGAUGGUGGUAACUUACUGGAAUAGUCACAGCCUUGUUUACUUCAUUCAUUACUUGUUCGCCAUCAUCUCCGCUUCUUGUUCUUUAAUGAACAUCACAGCGCUCUCCAUAAUCCGUUAUUUUGCCGUUAAGCAGCCCUUUCAGACGCAGAGCAUGGUAAACAAACGGAAUGUUUUGAUAAGCAUCGGUGUUAUGUGGGUAACAGCUAUUCAUUAUCCCAUUCUUCUCGUCCUAGGAUGGAGAGAAAGAGCAUUUCAGCUGUAUUUAUAUGUUUGCGGUUGCAUCAUCCCUACUAUAGUCUUUAUUGUGGCUUAUUUUCUGGUAUACCGCACGUUACAUCGCCAUACAAUUUCGUUAAGGCAUCUGGAACAAGGGAAAAGUUUGGCUCUCAGAAACGCUUUGCGCACGGAAAGAGCGGCGACACGAACAGUUUUGCUGGUCCUUGUCGUAUUUCUGAGUUUAUGGAUUCCAUUUUUGAUAAUAGACUUCGCCAUUGUUCAAUGUCGUAGCUGCAGAACCGUUGAAUUUCAUCUUGCCCGAGAUAUUACCCUUUCGCUUGUCUACUUCAGCAGCGGAAUAAAUCCGUUAAUAUAUGCCUGGCGGGUUAAGACGUUCCGUAGGGCGUUUAUCCGUGUACUGGGUCUUCAAAAGCCUCUGGAGAGGAGCGUUUUCUUUUGGAAGAGGAUCUCGAGAUCUGAGGUUUCUCUACGUUUUCGCGUUGACAGCUCUGACAAACAAACUAAGAUAAAUGAUUCAAGCAUAAAAUCAGGAUCAGAUGAUGUCAGUGAAGGCCAUGUCAAUGAAGCAUUAGAAUCGAGUUAGACUUUUUUUUUUUUAUGAAAACCCAAGAUAUCUUCUGAACG